GGAAGAGUAGGAGCUAUUUCUGUUCUCUCCUUCCUCCUCGUGGUGGCGGUGGAGGUAUGGGUGUACUCCAUGGAGGGAAACAAGAGAGCGCGAGCUCUCAGGCUCCACGUUCUGUCGUUCCACCAGCUCCUAGUGUCGGCCGGAGGAUGGUACGUGUGGAAACGGGUCACGCGAGUCUUCCAGCCCGGAUGCAAGUUUCUGUCUGCCGGUACUGCAGUCAGAGCGGUGCUCAUUGUGGUGUUGGGCUCCGCACAGUUUUCUGUGGGACUGGGUCUGCUGUUCGUGGAUCGAGAGCCCGCGCUCGUCACCAGAAUCAGUAACACUUGCAUCGGAAUCGCUCUUUUCUUGUGCACCUCAUUGUCUCUCACCGACCUCGCGUUCUUCUGCAUUGGAAAGACCUUAUUCACCUCUCAAAGGAGACGAGGGAGGAGAUUGGAAAGAUCUGAGGCGAGGUGGAGAUUUCUGGUAGCUCUGGUAGCUGCAAUUGGCUUGUCUUUUGCAGGACUUUUGGGAGUAGCUCAAUUUACAGUUGAAAGACUAAACAUACCAAUACGGGGCCUGGAUCGUGCACUCAAUGGAACAACAGUUGUCCAAUUGAGCGAUAUUCACUUGGGAGGGUACAGUGGCCGCAGUACCUUGCAGCGAAUCGUGGACGAGACAAACAAACUGAACCCAGACUUGGUAGUCAUUACUGGCGAUUUGGUUGACGGUGCAGUAGUGUUCCUGAGAGAGAUUGUGCAGCCGCUGCGUGGGCUGAGAGGGAAGCAUGGAGUCUUCUUUGCCACUGGUAUGUAGGUAAUCACGAGUACUACACCGGAGAUGUGGACAACUGGAUAGCAGAGCUGCCAAAAUUGGGGGUGACUCCUCUCAUUAACAGCAGAGUGUGCCUUCUGGGCAAGGGGGCGGGAGGAGGAGAAAGGGAGGCAGGAGAGUGUGUUGGAGGGAUAUACCUAGCUGGGCUUGAGGAUAUCACAACCAGAAGUUGGGGGAUGUAAGUCGCUUUACUGCCAUUAGCAGCAAUGAUGUUGAAGGCUAACCUAGCCAAGAUUAUAGAUUAUGUGGUUCUGUGUUCUCAGAUAUGGAGCACACCAUUCAAUGGAUCUAGAGGCUGCUCUUGGUUCUCGAACCAGUGGCACACCGACACUAGUCCUGGCCCACCAGCCUCGAGCCGCUCUAGAGACCAUAGAGUGGAGCGACGUUCGACUCACCCUCGCAGGACACACACACGCCGGCCAGUUCUUUCCCUUCUCGGUCCUCGUCUAUCUCUUCAACCCUUUCUUUGUGGGUCUGUACGAGCCGCGGCCGGGGGUGUUUGUCUAUGUCAGUCCAGGAACCGUGUACUAUUGGAUUCCCUUUAGACACUAUAGGCCUGAGAUCACACAUUUUACCCUGAUUAGUGCCUGAAAUUAUGUACUAUAUAUUAGCAGCAAGCU